AUUGGGCGCAGUGUUUCAUUUCAGACUCAAUCAACAUUUUAUCUGGAUUCGGAUGGCGAGCUGAAUGCACGCAGCCUGGAAAUGCCGGCCGCUGUCUCACCCAAUACCGAUAUUCUGAAGAAUGCGGAGGAAAUAAUUGGCAAAAUAGCGGAGGAGACUCAGGCGGCGAAGGCGCGUGUACUCGAACAUCAUCCGGCCAAAAAAGUCAUUGACAAAGCGAAGGCCUCACUCCGGCUUCAUUCAUCAAAUUCGCCUGGCCCUCCACGCUGCGAGCAGUGUGAAGUGCUCCUUGGUGUUGUGAAUACACUCAAAGAUCGCUGUUAUGAGCUUACUGAUGAAGUUGGAGCUAAUCAGGAUUUAGUGGCAAUGCUACGCCAGAAUUUGCUGAAAUCGAAUCGCCAAGUUGAACUGCUGACGAGGAUGGAAGAGCUGAAAAACCCGCAGGAAAGAAUCAGUUUAAUUUUGGAAAAAGAAAGUGAAUUGACAGCUUGCCAGCUAAAUGCGGCAUCGUACAGUCGUGAAAUUCAAUUUCUGAUGGAACAGAACAAACAAUACGAAGAGAAAAUUGAGGAAAUGAAUAUCGAAAUCGAAGCAUUUCGUGAAUCGGUGCGAUCCAAGGAGGAGCUCAUAAUGAAAUUCUGUGGCGAACAGGAGGGUAAUGCAACAUUGGGUCGUCCUGUUGCACUGCUUGAAGACGGUAUGCUUGGGCAUAUUUGCAGUUAA